CUCACCACACUGAUAGGAAAAAAUGUUCCAGUCUAAAUGUUCAAAUCAUGGUAUAUUGGCAAAGAAGUUGAAGUUAACCGACCCAAAUAUAAUUACUUUGGGACAUUUGGAGUUCAUAACACAUCCCAAUAUUUUACACUCGCAAGAACGGAAUAGCAUGCUUAUUUUUAUACGUAUUUUUCGGUCAGACCUUAUGGACUAGUAGGAGUGACGUCACGCCACCUUGACGAACCAUGAUGACGAGUGGUCCAAUGUUGAAAACUAAAGCCUGAGGUGUGGUAAGCCGACUAAAAGUUCAUGCGUGCUGUAGGGGUUAAGCACUUAUUGCUCACGAAGAUCACUGACCAGCAUGCACUAUGAGGCACCAGGGACGUCCAAAUCAUAUGAGUACCUCUAGCAUUUCCAUACGGACAGUGGAUUAAAACGCCCGCAGCCAUUAGACCCCUGCCUUCGAGCGCGACAUGAGACGUUAACAGACACAGAUCUCCCCUAGUGGGAGGAGAUGUCCCCAGGGUGGGGGAGUUACCGAAAUGAAAGAAGUCAUACACGAGGAGAGUGCCCGGAGGGUCCCAUUUCUCCUGUCCCACAACAUGAUCGGUCCUCUGAGGGGAUAUUUCUGCAGAUCUACCUGCUAUCUUUCAUUUAUUUCCAUCCUUGUUAUCAACGUGUUGGUGCUGUAUCAAAAUGUAACAAAGAACGUCAACAGAAACACAAUAAUGACACGAGGACAGGAAGCAGUGAACAGCAGUGUCUUGGACAAGGUCCUUUUACCCGGGUACCAGCACACGACUCUGGUCCUACCGAGACCCACCAAGCCCCCGGGUAGUCCGUUUAGACUGAGGGACCGGGAGUGGGACCACUUACGUCAUCAUGGCUACGUCAUUGCCAACGAGAAGUACUGUGAGGUGAGGCCAGGCCAGGAGGUAUUCCUGGUUGUCACGGUGAUGUCAGAUCCGCGAGACCGCAAAUCUCGUCAGUUCUUUCGUUCCACGUUUGGUUCAGUUAAGGAGCACCGCGGCAAAUUGCUGCGUAUAUUGUAUGCUGUCGGGCGUACCUUUGAUACCAAAGUGGAGUCGGACGUUGCAUCAGAAAGCGAUGCGUUCGGGGAUAUAGUCAAGUUCGAUAUGCUUGACUCUUAUUCUAAUUUCACAUUAAAGUCACUUCUGACCUUAAGCUGGACAGCGACCCACUGCAGCCAUGCCAAGUUCUAUAUGAAAGUCGGACACGAUGUCGUCGUUAAUUUCCGGCGAAUUGUGGACUAUUUUAUAGAGGUCCCCGCCAGAAACAUGAUGACAGGUGUGCUGCGAGAAGACGGGGGGCGGACAGCACAUCAUUUACGAGGGGCACCAUGGGCACGGUCGCCAGGAUACAUAAUAGGUCAUAUAACCAUACAGUCAGUAGACACCGUCAAAGAGUUAUAUCUGGAGUCACUCCACCAUCCUUUAUUUUGUGAGGACCAGUUUGUAUCUUUCAUCGCACGAAAACUCAACAUUACGCUGAUUGAUAACCAAUAUUUUAGAGCCUGUCCUUGGGAAAAUAUGAUGACAAAUAAUACCUGCGACAUCUUACAAGUAUUUAGUAUUCACACCCAACCUUUCCACGGAGCACCGGACUGGUCGAAGAAGGAAAAAAAGCGAUAUUGGGAAAUGAUUCAUCCCACUUCUCCAGAGUCCCGCCAAUCAUGUGACCGGAACCGGAAGUGGAUGCAUGACAAUAGGAAAGAUUGCAAUUAUUUAGCACCUGAAAAGUAAGCCGUGGACCUGUCAAAGGAACAAAGUUGUGUGCGUGAUGAAAUAAGACGUUUAUUUGAUUAAAGAAAAGGACAAACCCUCAUCUAUCGAGCUUUUUUCAUUCAAUAAAAGCUCUUUUCUGUCUUUGUUUAAGGUGCCCAAUGUAGGAUUUUGCGCCAAAAUUCACAUUUCGCUAGUUAUUCCCGAUGUAAACGGCAUCCCUCCCCCCUCCAUUAGCCAGCCUUCAAUCUUCCUUUCCUGAUAUUUGCUAUAACUCUGAAACAAAUCUGGAAAAAGCCGAAGAUCAAAACCCGCGUUUUUCGCGGAGGUUUUCCAUCCAUUUCAUUAACUCGACUUCCAGACAUCACGAGACUCUUGUGCCGUGACUCGCGCCAUUUUCAAACUGUGUCAAGAUGGCUGACUACCGAGGUUGGACGGUGGAUAUGAUUACUUUUUGCGAUACUGUUUAAGGCAAUUUGUCUGUAAUUUUAUUUUUUAAACAUUUAGUUGUCCUCAGAUAGGUUCAAUUGUUUAUUGAGGCUAUCUAGUACUGAGAAUGCGAAUUAAUUCCCACAUUGGGUGCCUUUAAUAAGUUUAACUGUUUGUCAGUGAAAUUAUUCAAAUUUUCUCCAUUUAAAACGUCAUUUCAUCAUUCAAUCUUAGGUUCAAUCACUUAUUGUAUAAUAAUGAUUACCAUUUAUAGACCCUAUAUAUAUCGCAAGUAAUGCUUUUCUAUUCGUAAGGCCCCACACGUUCAGCUACACACUGAAGAAUUUGAAGGAAAUUUACUUGCUUUGAAAAGCUUUUAUACAGGCGAGGAAAUGUGUUUGAUAGUUAUAUGAUAUUGUGUUUUGGUCUUUAGAUCAAUUUUCUCUUAUAAGGAAUCACUGCAGUUUUAUGUGAAGUAUAACAGUUAUACGCUGUGCUAUUGAAGCAAAACAUAGAUGUACGGAAGUCGGACCCAGAUCGAUACCACUAUCUGAUAGAGAUCAUAAAAACUAAAGUAGUAGCUUCAUUCUGGAACUGUAAACAGUCCUUCGACCAUAUAAGGAAGAUAAUGAAAUACGAUUAUUAUUCCAACGAUUAUUAUUGAAACUAUUAUUCCACCUUACACCCCUAUUUUUUGUGAAUUUAUUCGGAGCGACUACGCCCCC